UAUUUCCUUGAUCGCAAAAAUUAAAACAAUAAUUAGUAAUAUUUAUGUAGUCCAAACUCCCCAUAGCCCCUCUUUUUUUCGUAAUAAAUUAACAAUUAAUGUAGUACUUGGUAAUUUGUGGUCCAACAACACCACCCUCUUUAUAAUAACACCCAUUUUCUCUUCCUAUCACCAAGCCCCACCAUGAACCCGCCGGAAUUUCCCUCCGGCAGCUGCGGAACAUCAUCGCCGCCAGGAAAGAAAGAGCUCCAGCUCCAAGGUACACGCCCGCCACCUCUCAGAGUCAGCAAAGACUCCCACAAGAUCCGCAAACCGCCGCUUCCCCCCACCGCGCACCAACCGGCGGCGCUGCCGGAGCACCGGAAGCCGGUGAUCAUCUACGCCGUGUCUCCGAAAGUCCUCCACGUUCCCGCCGGCGACUUCAUGAACGUCGUCCAGCGCCUCACCGGACCCUCCUCCGGCGACGUAUCGCCGGCGGCGAGACUCGCGUCGAUCGAGAGAACGAGCCCGUCGGAGAGGGAGAAAGUUCACAGCGAAGACAACGACGUGAAGUUGAUGUUAGAAGGAGUGGAAGUGGGUCAAUUCCCCGGAAUAUUGUCGCCGGCGACGUUGCCUCCGAUAUCACCAGGGUUUUUCUCGGAACCGCAAACGACGUCAUUUUGGAAUGACUUGAGCCCGUUUUGGUCAACGAACAGCUUCGUGGCGAGUCCGUCGGGGUUACUUUCCGGCGCUUUGGUUUCUCCGCUGCCGUCGCCGGACAUCUUUAAUCUCUUCGACUAAUUUUCGUUUUCGUUUUCAUUUUUUUUUUGCGUGUUUGAUGAUUAAUGGGGAAUGGUUUGAGGGAAAGGGUGACGGUGGAAAAUUCACCGUUUCGCUGACUAUUGUGCCACGAGUUUUGUAGUGUAAUGCGUAUAUUGUUAUACUGGGAAAAGAAAAAUCAAUGAGGACUCUUCAAUUCAAACUUCGGUGAUUCACUUUUCUGUACUAAAAUUGGCUGACUUUAUUUGUCACAAA